AUGUCCUUGAAACGAAAUAGAAGUUCUCUUGAAACUGCUGGCGACCAGCAAAAGGAUUAUCCAUUUGUUUUCUACGGAACAGCUUUGCCCCCUUAUGAUUCAGAAACCAGAGAUGAUGGUUCUUAUGUACCUUUGUGGAAACAGGAAGUCACAGACGAACGAGGAAGGAAAAGAUUACACGGGGCUUUUACAGGUGGCUUUAGUGCUGGGUAUUUCAACACCGUGGGGUCCAAAGAAGGAUGGACUCCUGCUACUUUCAAAUCAUCCCGUACCGCCCGUGCACAGGCUACUCCAGCACGCCCUGAAGAUUUUAUGGACGCCGAAGAUCUCGCUGAAGCCGCUGAAGCCCAGAAACUUGAGACAAAUCAAAAUUUUACUGGUUUAGGAUCUACCGGGGAUGAGUUGGUGAGGAGGGGAAAACAGAUCACUCUAAUGGAUCUAUUGACUCCAGCUGUACAAGAUACUAUGGGGGUAAAACUCUUGAAGAAGAUGGGCUGGAAAGAAGGACAGGGCAUCGGCCCUAAGGUUCGAAGGAAAGUCCAAAUUUCAGACGGGGACGAGGACGGUGAUACAACAGAUGGGGAUUGUUAUCUACUCGCGCCCAAAAAUUCAACUUUGGUGAAGUUCAACAAAAAAUCGGACAUGAAAGGAGUGGGAUAUGUUGGAGAAGGAUGUUUAAGAGAACAACCGGGCGAGCAGACGGAAGAAUCAAUACUGAGCCAAUUAUCGGGCACCAAGCUUAAAAAACAUGUCACAAGAGGCGGAUUCGGUGUCGGGGUUUUGAAUGAUGAUGGGGAAGAUGAUGAUGAUCCUUACGAGAUCCGCCCAAAGACGGCCUACAACCGAAUAAUUGCUGGUGAGAAAUCAAAGAAGAGCGCCAAGCCUCCUAUUAAAAAACCGACGAAACACGUUUUCAUUUCCAAAAAGUCGAUUAAAGCCAAGUCAAGCAUUAAUUUGCGAAAAUGCCACGAUGGACGAGUUCCAUUGGAUGGGUUUGUUCUCUCGCUCAGCCCUGCUCAAUUACAAGAUGGGUGGUAUCUCCCUCCGGAAGUUCCGUCGCACUGGGCUCCAUCAGGACCCGGUGCGUCUCAGAAGAAAGAUCAUCAAAGUCAACUGACAGUUCAAACUAUUCUGGCCCGCAAAGGGCCCGAGACGGAGCUGAAGUUAGAUCCUCGAACUCGUGGAUCGUUAUUAGGCGAAACGCCUUUACCUGGGAAGUCUGUAUUUGACUUCAUGACUCCAGCGGCAAGAGAUCGCAUCGCGUCUGUUACCGGGAAUAAAAACUUGCCACAAGCGCUUAGCGAAGCACCCCCAUCAACGUUUUCGUCUUCCGGCCCAUCCUCUUUGGCAGAGUUAGUUCCAAAGUUGGACCCUGCGGUGGCACUUGGGGCUAUCAGAGGUGGAUUCAUGCCAUAUGCUGAUGAUCCAGACAAGCGGACAAGGUACCGUACGUUUUUAGAAGUUCAGGCCGGACUUAAAGAAGGUUUGCCUGAUAGAAAAUAUGGGAUGAACACUCAAGACUGGGUUAAAGAACUUGACGAGUUUAUGGGCGCCGCACGUAUCUUUAAGCCCUUGACUGGUAUGAUAGCGAACCGGUUUACAUCCGCAACCACAAACACCUCCAACUUCCACGUCAAUACCGCUGUGUCCACAAGCACUGAUUUAGACAUACCCAUUCAUCGUCCCCAGCCAAUCCCGGAGGAACCUGCGGAAACAGCAGCCAAAAUGUCGAUGUACGGGCCUAUAACGCGAUCCAUUGUGGAAUUUUUCCCUACACGUUUAUUAUGUAAACGCUUUAACGUCAAGCCACCUAUUCAUGUGCAACAAACCGGAGGAAAUGGUGAAAACGGUGCAGGAAGUUGGGAACCGACUCAUGGCCCAUCAAAAGAGCUAGUAUCCAAAGCUCAAAUGACUGAGAUGAUGAGAGAGGCGAGGGGCGACCAGAAUUACACCUUGCCUGAGGCGAAAAAUGCUAUGCCCAUGGUGGAUACCGAGACAAACGAGGCCCUAGAGGCUGAGAGAGCAGGAGAUGAUGUUUUCAAAGCGAUAUUCGGAGAUGAUAACGCCGAUGACGCGGAUGAAUGA